AUCGUUUCAGAAAUUUAUACGACCGUUAGGUUUCAUGCUACGAGCAGAUUUUCAAGGUUUAUGGUCUCGUGAUAUAGCUGGAACCCGGCGGGAAUAACGAUGCGAGCGCCGCGUCGUUUUAUUGAAUAAAAACCACGCCUCUGACCACGGGAUUCGUAUCGUCUUGCGAUGGCACGCAGUCGGAAGGAUAGCACGGGUAAAAGCGACUCUGAAGCCACGGAUAAAGAGAACAAGAGGGAAAGGGGCAGAGAAAGGGAGAGAAAGAAACGUGCUGCUUCUUCUUCGAGCAGUGGCAGCAGUUCUUCAGACAGUAGCUCCGGAUCGUCGUCCACAAGCAGUGGAAGUAGUUCAAGAUCAAGUUCCAGUUCUAGUACUAGCUCCAGUAGCUCGGGGAGCUCGUCUGGAAGCUCCAGAGACAGGGGGAGAAAACGAAGUCGAAGCAAAAGUGUUGAUGCUUCUCGUAGACAUGAUAAUAAAGAAAAAGAAAGGGAGAAAGAAAGAGAUAGGGAAAGAGACAGGGACAGAGAUAGAGACAGAGAGAAAGAUAAGAAGAAAAGCAGUAAUUCUGUGAUCGAUAAACCUAAGCCCAAGGGACGUUCCAGAUCACCCUCACCGCGUAGAAAACGUAGGGAAAGGUCCCCGAUUCCUAGACCAACAAAAAUACACAUUGGACAUCUGACACGUAAUGUGACUAAAGAACACAUUAUGGAAAUAUUUUCAACGUACGGUCAGAUCAAAAUGGUUGAUUUUGCUAUGGACAAGCUUCACCCCAACCAAGGCAGAGGUUUCGCUUAUGUAGAAUUCGAAACCGCGGAUGAAGCAGAGAAUGCAAUGAAACACAUGGAUGGCGGGCAAAUAGAUGGCCAGGAAAUUACUGCUGCCCCAGUAUUAUUACCAAAGCCACGUCCGCUACCAAUGCGAAGGAUGUCGCCUCUAAUGGGCAGAAGGGUGCCUCCACGAUGGGGUGGCGGUGGCAGAAAUACUCCUCCGCGUUAUCGGAGACGUUCACCACCCAUCAACCGCCGUAGGAGCCCACGACCACCGAGACGCAGGCCAAGAACCCGAUCGCGAAGCCCCCCGAAUAAUCCACGGCAUAGACAUCGUCGCUACACG